CAGUGAUAUCCUCGACCAUCCCUCUAUCACUAGAAGCGACCUCAGCAGCAACUCCCCCACCAGCAGUUGCGAUGAAUCUAGACCCUCCACCACCGUGUCCAUCAUGGUUAAGCCUGCAGAUCCAGAGAACAGAAUCAACCUGACAGGCUUGCCUGAUGAUGAAAGUGACCUGAAGAGCAGUAAGCUUGAGGACAGUGACACUGCUAAAGACACUGAGAACAACAAGGACAAUGAUGAAGACACUGAAGUCAAGAAGAAGGCGCAGAGAAAGACAAAGACAAAGAAGAAGAACUACUUCCAAUGCGCCUUCUCCUGGAUAAAGAAGAAGUGUUCAGGCUUCUGUGACAAGCUCAAAAAGAACAUUCAAAGUUCAUCCUCAUCUUCCUCUGAGGAGAGUACCACAAGCCAGCGUUCCGAAGUCUCAACAGGCUACACGUUCGUGAAAGAAAUCGGACAUGGAGGCUUUGCAUUAGUGGUGGAAUGUGUGAAGAACGACACCGAAGAGCACGUGGCUGUAAAGGUGCCCGAAUGGAGCAAUCUAGACCAUGAGGCGGAAAUCAUGAAAAAGCUCGUGAGCCACAACUCGAAGCAGUCAAACAUCAUCGACUACAAAGGAGACAUCUUCAUAAAAAAUAAGCGGCAACUGGUGUUUGAAAAAUUGGACAUCAGCCUGUGGGACUAUUUGCGGAAUUCACAACAGCAAUGCCACUGGAACACGUCCGCACAAUUAUUGAGCAGGUAUGACCUUCUAUUGUCUCCUUAUAUUUCUCUCCUUGAGUGGUGCUAG